AUGAAAUUCCAUGAUAUUUCCAUGAUUCCAGGAGAUAACAUGGUAUUCCCUGAGUUUUCCAGGUUUUCCAGAUUUGUGGGAACCCUGUGUUUACAGGGCGCAGUGAUUGUCCUAAGCAUACCUCAGAUAUUAUUAAGUUUGAUGGUAACANGAGCUCACAUGCUACGUCUGAACGUCAAGAAUUUGGUCAUCAAGAAGGCCAAGUUUUCGAGUUUGGGCGUCGUUGCCGUUUUGUAUCAGAGUAACGUUAUACAGACUUGGAUGUUUCAGCAAUUUCAGCAGGAUAACAAAAUGGAUUUGGAAAAGUUGGGACUGAAGAAUGUCAAGGACUUUGACUUUACCAAGGAUGGCAGAGCCAUGAUUGUCUGUGGAUUGCAAAAUACCAUUUUAGUGUUUUUCACGUCAAAUUGGCAGUUGAUGAAAAGAAUGGACUUUCGGGAAAGUUUCAGCGGAAGCAGACAGCUCGUUGUGAUUCCAGUGCCUUUAGAUGGGGGAGCGAAUUCGAUUAUUGCAGUCAUCACUUCUGAUCGCAUGCUCAGGUUUAUAAACUUGGCAAUGGCUAGUGUCUUACAAAACUGUUGUGACUUGCAAAGUGGUUUCAAAAGGAUGGUUGUUUCACCCAGAGGGUAUUUCAUGGUGCAGAUAAGUAAACAUGGUUUUUUAGAAAUUUCCAUGUUAGAUAAGGUUUUAAAUAUAAAAAUUAGCUCUUGCUCGAGUAGCGACAAAAGCAAGGAACGAGCGCCAGUAAUAAAAAAGUCAGCAACCUCGUCUGUUUUUCAUAAAGCAGAGUACCAUUUAAAAUGCGUGAGAACUGCUUUGAAAGAAGAAUUGAAAUUACCUAGACUACUUCCUAUUUUGAAAGAAUUUGGAGAGUACCCUGGAAAGUACAGAAAGCUCAUUUGGAUGACAAUAAUGGAAUUACCUAGUAAUAAAAAAGCUUAUAUAGAUUUAUCUAACAAGACUCCGCAUGAAGCUAUGUUUCAGUUGCUAAAAAAUGAUCCCUUGUUAGAAAGAUGUAAGAGUUUAUACAACUAUAAAAUUAAAUGGUACAACUGCAGGUCGUUGGCAAACAAGACCCCGGACGCACCACGCAACACAGAAAGUAUCCCAUCAAUAAAUAUUAAAAAAAGCAGUGGUCCAGUGGACAAGCCCUGCGGUAUACCCGAGGUCACAGGAAGAAAAGCAGACUGCCUAUCGUUAGACCCACUCACAGCCUGA